AUGAUGUGUUUUUCAUGGCUUCCAUCAGGGAGGACUAAUGACGUGCAGGUGGUGCAGCUGAUAGAAUGGUGCCAGGGUGCUGUGGUGGUAGUCGUGAUCAAAUUCUCCAAUGUGAUAGGCGGUAGUUGCCAUAAACUAGCGAUGAACUCCGUCAUGAGGCCGACUGGUGGCGUCGUCGAUGUCUGUGUGAGCGGCUGCCCUUCUAGUGUCGAUGAACCGCUUCCACCGAUGGACUACAUUGAUUUAGCGGGGCAAGCAUCAUCGCCUUCCUGCCGUGUCAGUCCUUUGUCCGCCAUUUCUGGCACCUGA